CGAUUUUGAUUGUCACACUUUUGCCCCUUCUCACUCUCAAAAAUCCAUCUCUUCUUCAUUCUUCAAAUUGCAUUCCAAUUUCGAAAACCCUAAAAAAAUCCCAAUUCUUUGUCUCCGUGUUGAAUCUGAAGCAUACUUGUUCCUAUGUACAGCAAUCGUACUAGCAGUCAGUUUGGUCAACAAGAAACAACAUGUCAUUUGUUGCUAAAAGAACUCCAGAUAAUAUGGGAUGAAGUUGGAGAGUCUGAUUCUCGAAGGGAUGCAAUGUUGCGGGAAAUUGAACACAAGUGUCUGGAUUUGUAUAGAAAAGAAGUGGAUGAAGCCAAACUGUGUAGAGCACAAAUUCAGCAAGAAAUUGCUGAUAAUGUGGCAGAAAUUGCUGGCAUCUGUGCAGCAAUGGGUGAACAACCAUUGCAUUUUGAUCCAAAGUCUUGUGGAAGCUUGAAGAAAGCACGUGAAACAGUUGUUUCACAACUUGAGGAGAUGCGCAAGCUGAAAACCAAAAGGAAGAAGCAGUUUUCAGAAGUCUUAUAUCACUUGAAGAAUAUUUCCAGUGAGCUUUAUGGCUCCAUGGUGGCUAAUGCAUAUUUAGAAGAGAACAACCUGUCUUUGAAAAGACUAGAGGAAUUACAGAAGCAGCUACUUCAAUUACAAAAUGAAAAGGCCAGUCGACUGAAGCAGGUGUCUGACCAACUGAACGCUCUCAAUUCAUUGUGCUUGGUCCUUGGUUUGGAUGUCAAAGACAAAAUUUGUGAGAUUUGCCCCACUAUGGUUAAUUCCACUGUGACUAAAGAUGUCAGUGACAAUACAAUAAAGAAUUUGACAUCUGAAAUACAAAGUUUGAGAGAGGUUAAAAUACAUAGAAUGCAGAAGCUUCAAAGUUUUGCAGCUGCGCUAUUAGAGAUGUGGGAUUUGAUGGAUACACCAAUGGAGGAACAGCAGAAAUUUCACCAUGUGACCAGUAAAAUUACUGCUUUGGAAUCUGAAUUUACUGAGUCUAAAAUACUUUCAAUUGACUCCGUUAUUUACCUUGAGAAGGAAGUUGAAAGGCUUCAAGUACUUAAAUCAACAAAAAUGAAAGAACUUUUACGGAAAAAGAAGUUGGAGUUAGAGGAAAUAUGCAGAAAAACACAUCUGACUACACAAACAGUUUUUCAAAGCCAACAUUCACUUGAGCUUCUAGACUAUGAUCAAAUUGAGCACCUAAUUACUAAGACAAAAGAAGAAGCUCUUAACAGGAAAGAAAUCCUUGAAAAGGUUGAGAAGUGGUUGGUUGCAUGUCAAGAAGAAAGCUGGCUGGAGGAGUACAAUAGGGAUGAUAAUCGUUAUAAUGCUGGAAGAGGUGCGCAUCUUACCUUAAAACGUGCUGAGAAGGCCCGUGCUUUGUUAAGCAAAAUUCCUGGGAUUGUGGAGACAAUAAUUUUAAAAGUUAAAGCAUGGGAGAAAGAAAGAGGACAAGAGUUUAUGUAUGAUGGAAGCCGGCUACUUUCCAUUCUUGAAGACUACAGCACCUUAAGGCAGGAGAAAGAGAAUGAAAGGCAACUACAGAGGGAUCAAAAGAAACUUCAGGGACAACUGAUGGCCGAGCAUGAAACACUUUUCGGUUCAAAACCCAGCCCAGCAUUUAAAAGUGGGUACAAGGUUUCCAGAUGUUCAACAGGAAUUCCAAGUAUCACAAUGCUUCAGGAUCCAAGACAUGCCUCUCUUAUUCACCAAUCUAAUAAAAAGGGUAAUGUUACCAAUCAGAAAGGCUCCAUCCUUCGCAACAAGAAUAUUUACCAUUCAACUCAAUCCUCAGGAAAGGAUAACUCUAAAGCUAUUGGUCAUUCAGUGAAGCUGAAGAAGACUGCAAGCAGUGCAGAAAAGGGCACUGAAAUUCAGUCAUCAUUGACUAGGAAGCCCCUCUCUCCUGUUUCUCCCGCAGUCUUGUCUAAAGCCAACAUAUCAAAUUUUCAAGAAGACCAUAGAAAAUCACAGAAUGUAGCAACACAGCAAAAAAGUCAAAUGCUAACAGCAACUCCACCCUCCAGGCCAUAUAUAGCUGGAGAUGAAGAAAACAUGACCCCAAAGAAUAUGGCACUUCCAGUGCCUACCACUCCUUUGACUUCAGUCCCUAUGCUGACUGCCAUUACCCCAGACAGUGUGUAUUCUGGUCCUACUGCUGCUUCAAAGACUAGUCAAUCAUUUGAAUAUUCAUUUGAGGAGGUGAGAGCUGGUUUUAUGCUACCUAAAACCUAUGCUCAAUGAUUCACAGUUUGGAUAGGAAGUUCAACAAUCAACACAUGAUUGUAUGUUUGCUGACCAAUUUUCUGCUUUGAAAAUUGCAAUAACAACAUUGUGAACUUUUUUGUUGUUUGAGGAAUACUGGUUUGGGUCUUCAUUCAGCAUAAGUGUGUGUUUUGGUUGAA